AUGGUCUCUCCCAAUCACACACAAUUCCACCCCUACUUUUUUCUUCUUCUGGGAAUUCCAGGGCUGGAGGCUGUACAUAUAUGGAUUGGAUUUCUUUUUGUUGUGUAUUUGACUGCUCUUCUGGGAAAUAUUACAAUUAUUUCUGUGAUUCUGACAGAACACAGUCUCCAUCAGCCCAUGUUCUACUUCCUGUCCAUUCUGUCAUCUAUUGACCUGGGCUUGUCUACAUCCACCAUCCCCAAGAUGCUUGGAAUCUUCUGGCUCAAUUUAAAAAAGAUAUCAUUUGAUGGCUGUGUUAUCCAAAUGUUCUUCAUCCAUCUGUUUACAGGUAUGGAGUCAGCUGUGGUUUUGGCCAUGGCGUGUGAUCGCUACGUGGCCAUCUGUAAUCCUCUUCACUACACACUGGUGCUGACAAACAAGGUAGUAUUCAUCAAUGCUUGGCUUGUCCUCCUGAGACCCUUAGUCAUUGCAAUUCCCUUUAUUGUGCUCGUCCUGAGAUUACCCUUUUGUGGACAUCAAGUCAUUCCACAUACAUACUGUGAGCACAUGGGCAUUGCUCGCUUGUCUUGUGCCAGCAUCAAGGUGAACAUCAUCUACGGCUUGUGUGCCAUCUCUAACCUGGUUUUGGAUAUUGUAGCAAUUAUCCUCUCCUAUGUCCAGAUCCUCCAUGCUGUCUUCCGCCUACCUUCCAGGGAUGCUCGACUAAAGGCUCUCAGCACCUGUGGCUCUCAUGUCUGUGUCAUGCUUUCCUUCUAUACACCAGCAUUUUUCUCCUUUAUGACUCAUCGGUUUGGGCGAAAUGUUCCCCGAUACAUUCAUAUUCUUCUUGCCAACUUUUAUGUUGUUAUUCCUCCUGCUCUUAACCCUGUUAUUUAUGGUGUUAGAACUAAGCAAAUAAGAGAGAGGGUAGUUAUGACCAUCAGAAAUAAAUUAUAA